AUGAAGAUAAGCAGAGCGGUGAACCGGGCGUUGAAAGGGAGCGGGAGUGUGCGCGUGGCAGGGAGUGUGAGUGGAACGGGUGGCGUACAGAACAAGCACCAGGCAACGAGCACGACGAGCACGACGACGUUACCCAACAAACCCACACUGCGCAAAGAUAUAAAAUUCAACAAACUAUCGCAGUGGCCGGAUCUGGGGGCAUUUUACCCGCGGCUGGAUGUAGCCCAAGGGGAGGAUCCUCUCAAGGCAGGCUUGCCCAGCGAGACUGAGGUGCUCGAAGGGGAGCGUCAAAAGGCCAUUACAAAGAUGUACCAAGGGGACCCGCUACACGAGCUGAGCAAGAGUCUUCCUUAUACACUCGCCCACCUCCGCUCGCUCACCGAAUACACCUUCCCGCUCAUCACCAAGCGCGUCAUGCAGCAGACAAGCAAAGGGAAGAUCAUGAGCAAGUAUGCGUUGGUAGUCGUCGGUAACGGCAAAGGCAUGGUGGGCGUGGGCGAAGGCAAGGGUGACAGCAACGGCGAUGCUAUCCGUAAAGCUACCAUAGCCGGCGUGCGCGAAAUGGAUUAUGUCGAUAGAUUUCAAGACCGUACCGUUUAUGGUGAACUUAAAUCUAAGGUGGGCGCUUCAGUCGUCGAGUUGAGAAGCAGGCCGGCGGGAUUCGGACUUCGGUGCAACCCGUUCGUCCACCAAGUCGCCAAGGCGGCAGGCAUCGAAGACCUCAGUGCCAAGUGCAGGAGAAGCAAGAACAGUAUGCAGGUGGUUAAAGCCACCCUCAAGGCUCUGCAUGGCGGCGCUCAGCCACAACUUAUGAGCAAGAGUGGUAUCGUCAAAGUGCCCCGUCUCGAGAAGGGCGCGGGUAUGAAGAGUGCUGAGGAGAUCGGUUUGGAAAGGGGCAGACAAAUGGAAUGGGUGCGCAAGCAGGUGUACUAA